AUGCUGCCUAUUCAACGACAAUUUUGCAGGCUGGGGACCACUGCAUGGCUACCGAGGAUACCGUCUGUCCGCCUCCCUGAUGCGGAGUGGGCAGGCGUUGCAAAUAUAUCACAAAAACGCCAGCUCUCUUCAUCCCGCGGUGAUGUCCCUGGUAAUCCUUUGAUUCACGCCACUAUCAACUGGCCAGGGUAUACAAACUGGGCGCGCCAUAGGAUCCUAGUUCUACGUCCGGUGGCUACUAGAUCUCACAAAUAUUUAUCUCCAACGUCGAGCGGCAGGAAUUAUUCAACGAGUCAAUCAACGAAAAAUAUCACGGUCGAUGACUAUAUUCAAGAAAUAGAGGACUUAUAUGCAAUCGCCAAAGACGAGCUGGAAAUAGCGGCCGAGUCUACCGCCGCGGCAACUAUAUAUGCUGCAUCGGACCGCAUAUCUAUGCGCGAAGCCUUUGACGAUCUUAAUCAUGCAUACGGUGCAUAUGCUGACAACAACCCGCCGCCAGAAGACAUCGAGUCAAAAGAUGGAGGUGACGGUACUGGUAUUACAGAAGUGCGCUCCACCUCUUACGACUCGACCAAUAUUCCUGCAGAAGUCCGGGCAGAAAUCAAGCGAAGGGUUGGUCACAGGAUAAGGGAGAUAGAGAAUGCGGUUAAAAGUCUGGAGGAAAGUGCUCAGCAUGAGUAA